AUGUGGGGAGUUAUAAUCAGAGAUAGAAGAGAGCGCAAUAAUGGUCUCGAUCAGCCAAGGGAUUUCUUGGAUGUUCUGAUAGCAAAUGGAUUCACUGAUGAACAAAUUGUCAUCUUGAUCUCGGAACUAUUCGGUGCAGGGACAGAAAGCGUAAGCAUAACGAUUGAGUGGGCAAUGACUGAGCUCCUGAUGAACAAAGAUGCCAUGGAAAAGCUCAGCCAAGAGCUCAAAACACAAACGACUACAGACUCCAUUAAAGAAUCUGAUCUCUCAAAACUCCCAUAUUUGCAUGCGUGUGUCAAGGAAACCCUUAGAAUCCAUGCACCUACACCAUUCCUAAUCCCUCACCGAGCUCUAGACACAUGCAAGGUUCUGAACUACACGAUUCCAAAGAAUUCUCAGGUUUUGGUGAACGUUUGGGCAAUCGGGCGCGAUUCCACUGUCUGGGAAGACCCUUUAAGAUUCAAGCCUGAAAGAUUUCUGAGCUCAGAUAUCGAUUUCAAAGGGCACGAUUUCGAGUUCUUGCCAUUUGGGUCAGGAAGGAGACAGUGCCCUGGGCUAGCCUUGGCUAGCAAGCAAGUUCACUUGAUUUUAGCUUCAUUGAUCAGUAGCUUUCACUGGUGCCUUCCUAAUGGAGAGGAUCCUUCUAAGAUAGACGUGAAUGAAAGUUUUGGUGUAACAUUACAGAAGGAACAGCCUUUGCUAGUUAUUCCUAUGAGGAAAAAGUGA